AUGGGCGCCGCGCCCUCCGUGGUGGCGCUGUGGCUCGCGCACCGCACGGGCGCCGCGGAGUCGGUGCUGGGCACGUCGGCCGUGGUGGCGCUGACGGCUUUCGCAGUGGCGCUGCCGGAGUCGGUGGGCCCGGUGGCGAAGCGGAUCGCGCUGGGGCAGGCCAUCAUAAUCUACGUGGCCAGGUUCCAGCAGGGGGAGCGCCCCAGCCGCGGCCUGGCGCUGCUGCACCCGGCCAACGUGGUGGCGUGCACGGCGCUCGGGGUGGCGGCGGCACUGCUGGCCGUGCUGCUGCCCUGGCCGAGGAUGGCCACACGGGAGGCCAGGGACAAGAGCUGGGCGUACAAGGUGGGUGCCGCCGAGAGGGUCAGGGUCCUGGCUGACGCCUUUAUUGGUGUUGGUGUGGGUAUGGAGGCCGAGGUGUGCAGCCGGCACUACGUGAAAAACAGUUUGAAAAACUUGGGCCUGGGCUGCGCUGGCCUUUCGGCUGGCCCAAAAGCGGGGGCAUAA